CUUUCGCUCUUUUCUUUUGUUCCCUCUUAGGCUUACUCCAUCUAAUUCUUCUCUUAGUUACCCGUGAAACCAAAAAAAUUCCAAUUCAUACCAAAAUCAUAACAAAAAAACCAACAAAAAACUCUUUUAGAACUAAUACAUAUACAUUAAGCCAAAAUGAAAAAAAAUACCUUAAACUUCUUUGUGAUACUCCUUUUCAUGUUGUUAAAUUCUGUAUCUUCUCAACUGUCUGCAACACAAAAAACAUCCAUGAUCAACCUCUUUCAGCUACUUUCCAAACAAGUUAAGCCCUUGUGGAACUGGAACAUCGAAACAAACCCGUGUAAAUGGACUGGUGUCGAGUGCAGCAAUGCCGGAGUCACAAAACUCGUACUGUCCAACUUAGCACUAAGAAAUCCCAGUUUCUUGCAUACUGCAUGCCAAAUUGACUCCUUGGAAACUCUUGAUGUGUCUAAAAACCUUCUGAACACUAUCCCAGAUGAUUUCUUUGCGGGUUGUGGCCAAAUUUCGGUGCUGAAAUCGGUGAAUUUCAGCUGGAACAGAGUUUCUGGUGCUCUCCCUUCUUUUCAGAAUGGUUUUACCAGUUUGGAAACUCUAGACUUGUCUCAAAACUGGCUAAGCGGAGAGAUUACACACCAAUUGAAUGCUUUGAUGGGUCUCAAAAGCUUGAAUCUUGGCUCGAAUCAGUUAACUGGGACUAUUCCGAUCAAUUUGGGGAAAUUAAAGGGGUUAGAGCAACUCCAAUUAUCAAACAACAAAUUCCAAGGUACAAUACCAGAAGAUCUUGCUGAUUUCGGGAACUUAACAAGUCUCGAUCUUGGUUUGAAUCUGUUACAUGGAAGCAUUCCUUUUAGAAUCAUGAAGCUUCCUAAACUGGAAGUCCUAGUGGUAUCUGCAAAUAAUCUAAGUGGUGAAGUCCCCAAAAACUUUUCCAGAUCAUUACAGAGAUUUGCAGCAAAUUUGAACACUUUUCAUGGUGGAAUACCAUCUGGGAUAUCGAAGUUUUUGAGGAAUUUGGACCUGAGUUACAAUAACUUAAAUGGGACGAUACCAGACGAUUUACUCUCACAACCAAACUUGCAGACAGUUGAUAUCUCACACAAUAGUUUGGUAGGAAACAUACCUGAAAAUCUUUCGUCGAGUUUGAUUAGGCUAAGAUUGGGCAGCAAUUUUCUGCAGGGAUCAAUUUUGCGUAUUAAUUUCGGUGCCCUUAUAAACAUGGUCUACUUAGAACUGGAGGACAACGGCUUGACUGGAACAGUUCCGCCUGCACUUGGUUCUUGCCAGAAAUUGAGCUUAUUAAACUUGGCAGGCAACAAUUUCUCCGGUGCACUGCCGACAGAGUUGGGUAAGCUGAAGCAGCUUCAAGUUUUGAGUCUUCAGUCCAACAACUUUUUGGGCAACAUUCCUAGUGAAAUCACCCGGCUAUCGAAUCUGAUAACCCUGAAUAUCAGCCGGAAUUCAUUAAGCGGUCAGAUCCAUCCUUCUAUCUCGGGUUUGACAAAACUUCAGUACCUGCAUUUGCAAGAAAACAAUUUUAGUGGUUCAAUACCCGAAAGCAUUGGUGACAUGAUUUACCUGAUUGAGCUUCAGCUCGGAAAGAAUCAUCUCAGUGGAAAGAUUCCUCCGAUGCCUAAAAACUUGCAGUAUUCACUGAACCUCAGUAACAAUCAUUUUGAAGGGCCAAUCCCAGAAUUAUCAUUUUCUAUGAUGAAUGAACUUGAGAUUUUGGAUCUAUCUCACAACAGUUUUUCUGGUGAGAUUCCGAGAUUCAAUGGUAUGGAAAGCUUAACAUUAUUGUUACUCAAUGAUAACAAUCUCUCCGGAGUUGUUCCUCGUUUUGGUAAGAAUGUGAGGUUCAAUGUCACAGGAAAUUUAGGAGUUGUAUUUCCACCUCCAGACAGUCCAAACACCAAUGAACCUAGCCACAGGAAAUUAUCAGUUCCUGUCAAAGUUGUGAUUUUGGUUGGUGCGGCUAUCUUUAGUGGGAUGAUUUCAUUCCUUGCGAUUUUCUUUUCUAGACGGAUACUCUGUAAGGUUCAUGAUAUCGAAAUUCAGCCAGAGCAACCAGAUUCUCCCCUCUCACAGGCAGUAGAAAGUCGCUUCUUGAGAACGAACGCCAUUCAUAAAUCAAAUAUUGAUUUUAGCACAGCCAUGGAAGCAGUAUCAAACCCGCUAAACCUUGUCAUGACGACCAAAUUCUCGACCUACUACAAAGCAGUCAUGCCCUCGGGAGUCAGCUACUUUGUCAAGAAACUCAACUGCACUGACCGGAUUUUCCAACCGAGCAACCACGGAAGUUUUGGGCAGGAGCUAGAGGCUUUAGGGAAGGUGAGCAGCUCAAACGUCAUGACUCCUUUAGCCUACAUCCUGGCCGCAGACAAUGCUUAUCUCAUCUACGAAAUGGCAGUAAAAGGUACUUUGUUUGAAAUUCUCCAUAGAAGUUCCGGGAAUCCUUUAGAUUGGGCGAGUAGGUGUAGUAUAGCGGUCGGAGUAGCUCAAGGUCUGGCUUCUCUUCAUAGAUGCUCAUCUGGUCCUAUACUGCUUUUUGAUCUCAGCAGCAAAACAAUAAUGCUCAAGGCAUUAAAAGAGCCACUGAUUGGUGAUAUUGAACUUUGUAAAGUGAUUAACCCCUGUAAGAGCAAUAGCAGCCACUCAGCGGUGGCCGGUUCCAUUGGUUAUGUUCCACCAGAAUAUGCUUACACAAUGCGAGUGACACUGGCGGGAAACGUUUACAGUUUUGGGGUGAUUCUUCUAGAACUUCUAACAGGAAGGCAAGCAGUUAGCGAGGGUACUGAAUUGGCUAAGUGGAUUAUGAAAAACGCAGCACAGCCACAAAAAUGGGAUCAGAUUCUCGAUUUCAGAAUCAGUCGGACAACUUCAUCUGUCAGAAGCCAGAUGCUAGCAGUGCUCAAAAUUGCUCUGGCGUGCAUUAACAGUUCGUCAGAGGCAAGGCCAAAGAUGAAGAGUGUGCUAAGGAUGCUCUUAAAUGCAAGAUGAGCCCAAAUCUAAAAGAAGUUCUAUAAUUCCACAAUGAAGCCUACGCGGCUGCACCUCGUCUUUCCUAGUAUUAUAGAACUAUGUAAUACAGAAUUUAACUACAACAAUGUAAGUUUUGAGAAAUAAGACAGAAUUUGACAUAAUAAUCUGUAAAAAAAAGUACAAAUAGCUAUUUGUAUUCUUAUCAUCUGGAUAUCCUAUUUCUUUCAUUGGUAUUGCACUUGGUAUUCAACAAGUGAUUCUAGCAUCAAACUUAUGUUCAUGUGUUCUUUUGAAAUGAAGAAUGAUACGAAGAAGUAUUUGUUACUACAA